CUUCCGCAUAUACAGUCUCUUUGUAUUCAUGAAAUGGUUACGCGAGCUUAUAAGCAUGUAGUUCGAGCUGUUAUUGCUUCUGUUGAGAGCAUGGAUAACAUGUCUGCUGCUAUAGCCACAACAUUAAAUUUCUUGCUGGGGUCCUGCAAUGCUGAAAGCAGCGAUCAGACUCUUAAAUUGCAAUGGUUGCGGGCAAUUUUGGAGAAAAGAUUUGGUUGGAAAUUGAAAGAUGAACUACAACACUUGAGAAAGUUAUCGAUUCUGAGGGGUCUUUGUCAUAAGGUUGGGUUAGAGCUGGUGCCUAAGGACUAUGAUUUGGAAUGCUCCACCCCAUUCACAAAUUCUCAUAUUAUCAGCCUAGUGCCCAUUUGCAAGCGUGUAGGGUGCUCUUCUGCUGAUGGGCGAACUCUACUUGAGUCAUCCAAGAUUGCUCUAGAUAAAGGGAAGCUGGAAGAUGCUGUGAAUUAUGGAACAAAGAACACCAUGUGA